AUGAAGAGCAUAAUGACGAUGCCGAAGACUUCCGUCUCGAACCUCAUCUUUGUCAUUUCUUUCACAAACUUAAUUUCGGGAUUUGGAGGAGCUGCACCAACCAAUUCCCUGCUUUUAGCUGGGCAAGGGCUGAGAAGACGACAUGUACACGUCAACACACUUCCAGAUGCUCUCCAUUGCGAUCUCAAGAGGCUAGAAGGAUGCAUCUUUCUUUCCCUUAGAGGAGGAGGGAAAGGGAAGGAGAAAGGAUCCAAGAAGUCAAAACAAGACUCUAAGGAACCGGAUGUGAAAAAAUCAAAAUCGAAGAAAGAUGCAGACACGAAAGCAAAUAAGCAGAAACCUCAAUCAGAGCCUGAAGAGGACUUCGAGCCGCUGAUAGAUCUCACAUGCAAACCCCCGAUCAUCAGGUUCAUCGCCAACGAUUCUGACAGCUCACAGGGAUCAGAACUCAUCGAAGACCUGGAAGACCUGCCCCCCAUGCCGGAACCAGACGGCAAUGUCACAGAUAGCGCAUGGAACACAUCAGAUUCCUCUGAGUCGACCGAGGGCUCUGUCCAAGGGGAUCUCGCUGAUUGCUUUCCUCAGAAACAAUUCCAGAAACGACACCCCGGCAAGACGUUUUAUGAGUUUUGCAAGGCGAGGGAGAUCGAGGAGGAGGCGAAUGAGGUGAUUGGUCACGACUUGAACGCUGCAGGGCUAAGAGAGGGCAUCAACAGGUGA